AUGGCGGAUGCAGCUAUUCCCACCGUUGAUCUCUCUCCUUUCUUCAACGAACUCAAUGAAGACGGAAAGAAGAAGGCCAAAGAAGUAAUUAGCCAAGCAUGCUCAAACUAUGGCUUCUUCCAAAUUGUGAACCAUGGAGUACCCCUAGCUCUGAUGAACAGGGCCAUGGAGGUCUCUAAGGCGUUUUUCACGUACCCGGAGGAGGAGAAGCUUAAGUGUUGCCCAGGGUCUGGUGCACCUCUCCCUGCUGGUUACAGUAAGCAGCCGGAGCACUCGGCCGACAAGAAUGAGUAUGUGUUGAUGUUUCCACCGGGGUCCAGCUUCAAUGUCUUCCCCACAAAUCCACCUGAAUUCCAGAAAAUAGUCGAAGAGAUGUUCACCUACUUCAUCAAGACAGCUCAGCUUUUGGAGAGCAUUAUAAGUGAGUGCUUAGGUCUCCCUCCCAACUUCCUCAAAGAGUACAAUCAUGAUCGAAGCUGGGAUUUCAUGACGGCUCUGCGUUACUUUCCAGCAACUGAAACUGAGAACAAUGGUGUAUCCGAACACGAAGAUGGAAAUCUCAUCACCUUUGUGGUCCAGGACGAAAUCGGAGGCCUAGAAGUUCGAAAAGACGGGCAAUGGAUUCCUGUCACUCCCAUUGAAGGCACAUUGGUUGUCAAUGUCAGCGAUGUUAUUCAGGUGCUAAGCAACAACAAAUUCAAGAGUGCGACCCACAGAGUGUUAAGAUCCAAGGGGAGAGACCGUCAUUCCUUCGCCUUCUUCUACAACUUACAAGGAGACAAGUGGGUUGAACCACUGUCACAGUUCACCACGGAGAUCGGAGAGCCACCGAAGUACAGGGGGUUUCUGCUCAAAGAUUACCAAGCUCUAAGGAUGAGAAAUAAGACCCACCCACCAUCUCGACCCGAAGAUGUGAUCCAUAUUACCCACUACGCCAUUUCUACCUAG